CUGUCAUUCACAACCCCCUGAAAGCGGAAUUGCCACAGUCCUAUGUUGUGGGAGAAGAAGCACAAUGGCUGUGUGUGCUCCUUCGCUAGUUCCUCCUCUGGGAUGCUAGUACCAUGUAUGACAUCCUCUCUGAUCAGCCUCUCAGACUUGGAGACCAGUUCUACAAAGAAGCCAUCGAGCACUGCCGCAGCUACAACUCUCGGCUGUGCGCUGAGCGCAGCGUCCGCCUCCCCUUCCUAGAUUCGCAGACUGGGGUAGCUCAGAACAACUGCUACAUCUGGAUGGAGAAGAGGCAUCGGGGACCAGGACUGGCCCCAGGUCAGCUGUACACAUACCCUGCUCGCUGCUGGCGCAAAAAGAGACGCUUACAUCCUCCUGAGGACUCCAGGCUGAAGCUUCUGGAAAUUAAACCUGAAGUUGAUCUGCCUUUGAAGAAGGAUGGGUUCACAUCAGAGGGAACCACACUGGAAGCCUUGCUGCGCGGGGAAGGAAUUGAGAAAAAAGUGGAUACUAAAGAGGAAGACACUAUACAGGAAAUCCAGAGAGUUUUGGAAAAUGAUGAAAAUGCUGAUGAAGUGAAUGAGGAAGAGGAAUUAGAAGAAGAUAUUCCAAAACGAAAGAACAGGCCCAGAGGACGGGCUCGGGGAUCUGGAGGUGGCAGGAGAAGGAACGAUGCUGCCUCCCAGGAUGACCAUGACAAACCUUACGUUUGUGACAUCUGUGGUAAACGUUAUAAGAACAGACCUGGACUGAGCUACCAUUAUGCUCACACUCACCUAGCCAGCGAAGAGGGGGAUGAAGCCCAAGAGCAGGAGACAUGCUCCCCACCCGUCCACAGAAACGAGAACCACAAACCCCAAAAAGGACCAGACGGGGCUAUCAUUCCCAACAACUACUGUGACUUCUGCCUUGGAGGCUCCAGUAUGAACAAAAAAAGUGGCUGUCCAGAGGAGCUUGUGUCAUGCUCAGACUGUGGACGCUCGGGACACCCUACCUGCCUGCAAUUCACCACAAACAUGACGGAGGCUGUAAAAACCUAUAAGUGGCAAUGCAUUGAGUGCAAAUCCUGCAGCCUUUGCGGGACCUCUGAAAAUGAUGACCAGCUGCUCUUCUGUGACGACUGCGACCGUGGCUAUCACAUGUAUUGCUUAAACCCACCAGUGUCCGAGCCUCCAGAAGGGAGCUGGAGUUGUCAUUUGUGCCGAGAACUACUCAGAGAGAGAGCAUCAGCUUUUGGCUUUCAAGCCUGAGGAGCUCCAGGGAUCAAGAUGCAAUUUGCUUCUGGAGUUGUGGUACCAGCGCACAGUUCCCAUCCAGAACACAAAGACACACACAUGCACGCACACACACACAUCGAAGAGAAUGGACACUCAAGUAUAAGAAGAGAUAACAAUGGUAUUUAUUGUCAAAGAGUAGAUUUCACUAAUAUAGUACCUCCUGGGUUCUACUAGAAGAAACAUGUUCUCCUUUUAAUGCUCCAAAUGGAAUCUUUUCACUACUGUGCAUGGUUGAUGCUGUAUUGUAAUAGGCUCACAUGCAUUAUGUUAAGGGGGAAAUUGUUACACUGAUACCGAGAAGUAGAUUUUGUGUGGCCUUGUGCUUUUUUGUUUGGUCUUCUUUGUAAACAAAGAAAUAGCAACAUAGUUCCCAAAGCACUACUGAUGAGCUACUUUGGUUGGGAUGUUGGGAACUGUUACUCCUCACAGGCUUGACUGAAAACCGAAAACUGAAAACCUCACAGGCUUGACUGAAAACUGAAAAACUGCAACACUGUGUAGUUCUAGAGAGGCUUUGAAGGUUGUGGUAGCUCCCUUCUUCCUGAGUUGUGACUAACACGAGCAUAUUGCCACUGAGACAGGAACUGAUCUAAAAUUCCUUGGGUGACCGUUUCUUUGCUGAAUCGUCAAACCCUUUGCUUUUUACUGAUAUUAGAAAUUUGAUUUUAGUGUAAAUGAAAGAAGAAUAGAAUAUAUAUAGAUUCAGAGGCACCUACUCCACCCCUCUCCAGUUUCUUUUAAUGUUCAGGGAGACCAUCUUAAAGUGGCGCUGUUAUUAAGAUCAGAUCCAAAAGGCUGUUUUUUAUUUGUAAAGAGGUGAGGAGUAAUGGUUUACAGAACCUGAAAAGAAAGAUUGCCAUGGUGAUUUUUAAAUUUAAAUAAAAAUAGCUUUCCUUUAUUUAAACAGUCCCCUGAUGUGUAGCACACCCAAACAAAAUAGCACUGAGCUCAUGUAUCAGAACCAGGAAGCAUCACUGUAAUUCACUGUAUUGUCACUGUCCAAACUGAGUGAAAUAGAGAAAAGUGAACAACAACAAAACAAAAGCAUCAAUGGAGAAUAAGUAUUUUUUAAACAGUCUUCUCCAUUUCAGUAAUCUAAGGGGUCAAACAUGUAAGGACUAUUUUUUAAAAAUAUGAUUUUUAAAGUUGCAAAUAUGCUACUCCUGAUUCUAUCAAGUAUACAAGAAUUGUUCUACAGUAUCUUGGGUGUGACAUAUAAAAUCUGUUUAUAAACAGAUUUAAAAGAUUGCAUGAGAGGAGGAAUGUAGUAUAGGUUGAUGAAUCCCAAGCAGCAUGAGUGGCUCAGGAUGCCUAUGCAAGGUGGUAAGGACACUAAGAUUGCAUUUGGGAUAUACGUAUUAAUUGAAGCCCCUCUGCAAAAUUAUUCACCCUGAGGAUUUAAAUUAACAUUGUCAAAAUAAAUGUAAUUUAAUUUAAAAAAGGUCCUUCCCUGUGUUACUAAUAACACCUCAGACUGUUAAACUUAAAUGAAUUGUAUACAUUUUAAUUUACUUUUAAUUUUUUAUGUGGUUUGUUUAGCUUUUUCACUUCUUUCAGCUUAGACACAGAAACCAGUCUGGUCAGUUUCUCAAUCUUGUUCUCGUGGACUCACACAUAGUGCAGUUGUGUGUGAGUUCACAAAACUGCCCUAGAAUUGUUUCAAUCCCACGAAAACUAUUUUCUUUACAUUCCAAGGUGGUACCUGAGCACUUUAUUUCUAGCCCUAUUGCACCAAAUCUACCCCUUGUGCAGCUCUAUUGUCUUCCCCUGGGAUUAAUUUAAUCCAUUAGUAGGGGACAAUGCCCAAAUGUAGCGUCCCAAAACUACGAGAUAGUGUCAGUUGAAAAGUGUGCAAAAAUCAUCUUUCUGACACACAUUGGGAGGGGAAGAUAGGAGCUUAAAUCUCUACUACAGGCCUACAUUAUACAAUCCUAGACCAUCAAAUAGCAUUUGUGUCCACACAGCUACAAUAAGAUGAUUUACAUACUAUUUAAACAAAACCAUUUAAAAACUUUAAAUGACCAACUUUCUUUCAGCCUCAUUGGGCAACAUGCUGAAGCACUUCAAACUAUUCAUCCCCAUUGUCUCAUCCAAAUCUCUGAGCGGCUUUCUUUUCAGCUCCCUCCUGUCUGUUAGAAUCCCCCUAGGAAGAGCUAAUGGAGUCUGUCACAUUUCUCCAAUGCUCCCAUGCACGUGGCCUUCUUAGUUUCCCUCGGCGGAUGUGCUGGAUCCAUAACUAGAGACUGAGUCGGAUACAAGAUGCUAGAGGUGCCCACACCUUUUGGUACAGAAAACUGCACUGGCAGCUUGCCAGGAGCUGGAUGGCCACAGCUUAUUUGCACACACAUUUGCAUACAUUAGUUAAGCAAAAUAAAUUGCCAUGACUUUCAUAUUUGCUGCCUGUUGCAGUUAAACCCUCACGAAAAUUUACAAGUGUUUAGCAGUGUCAUCUCCACCUUGCACAUCCAGGGAGACUGCAGCAGCAGCCCACAUCCUAAGAUUCCAGGAGCCUCAGUUGGCCUAUCAGCUGUACCUUGUGUCCCUCUACUCAAAGCAUUAACAAGAACUGAUUGUGUUAGAGCCUCUGCAUUCCAUAUCCAAUCUACCAAGGCAGAGUUAGUUGCUACAGUCCAGAAUGCACAUGUAUGAGUUCAGAUUAAUAGUAACUUUCUUGUCAUGGUCCAGUUACACUUCAUUCAUUCAGGCUUUACUCUCACAUAUCUACAUGCACAGACAGUUCCAGUUAACUUCUAGCAGCCUGAUAAAUCCAAAGCUUUCACUUCUCUGACAUUAAGAUGCUCCUGCAACUUAUAUCUCCCCGCUUCACAGCCUUAUUCUUAGGCAAUAGGCAGGUACAUUCCACUCAGUAAUAAUUCUUAGCAUGUACAUAGGGCUGGACAACUUCAAAGUGUUGAAAACAUUCAUUAUUUAAUCUACACAAUACCCAUUAUGUAAAUAGUGCUGUACCCAUUUUACAGAGACACAGAAAAAUUAUACCAUGUCUUGCUCAUAGUCAUACAGUGAAAAAGUGGAUUCACAGUCAGCUUUUUUAACCAUCGGACACAUUUCCUUAUGCUACUCCUUUGCUGUACACUUAUUUAAAGGAACAAUCCACAAUAAGGCAGUUUUCGAAACCCAGCAUAAUCAUGACAUUCUCACAGGAGAACUAGGGAAAUGUGGUCCAGAGUAAAUUACUUUAAAGUGGGUGCACAAUCGGUUGAAAGACAGUAAUCAAAGAGUAGUUAUCAAUGUUCACUGUCAAACUGGGGGUGGGGGUGGGGUGGUAUAUCUGGUGGUGUUCUGUCCUGAGUCUGGUACUAGUCAAUAUUUUCAUUAAUGUCUGAGAUAAUGGAGUGGAGAGUAUGCUUGUAAAAUCUCUGGAUGACACCAAGAUGGGAGGGGUUGCAAGCACUUUGGAGGACAGGAUUAAAUUUCAAAAUGACCUUGACAAAUUAAAGAAUUGGACUGAAAUCAACAAGAGGAAAUUCAAUUAAGACAAGUGCAAAGUACUUCACUUAUAAGGAAAAAUCAAAUGCACAUCUACAAAGUGGGGAAUAACUAGCUAGGUGGAAGUACUGCUGAAAAGGAUCUGGGGGUUAUAGUAGAUAACAAAUUAAAUAUGAGUCAAUGUGAUGUAGUUGCUAAGCAGGUUAAUAUCAUUCUGAGAUGUAUUAACAGGAGCCUUGUAUGAAAGACACAGGAGGUAAUUGUCCUGCUUUGCUCAGCAAUGGUGAGAUUUCAGCUGGAGUAUUGUCAUAGAAUCAUAGAAUAUCAGGGUUGGAAGGGACCCCUGAAGGUCAUCUAGUCCAACCCCCUGCUUGAAGCAGGACCAAUUCCCAGUUAAAUCAUCCCAGCCAGGGCUUUGUCAAGCCUGACCUUAAAAACCUCUAAGGAAGGAGAUUCUACCACCUCCCUAGGUAACGCAUUCCAGUGUUUCACCACCCUCUUAGUGAAAAAGUAUUUCCUAAUAUCCAAUCUAAACCUCCCCCACUGCAGCUUGAGACCAUUACUCCUCGUUCUGUCAUCUGCUACCAUUGAGAACAGUCUAGAGCCAUCCUCUUUGGAACCCCCUUUCAGGUAGUUGAAAGCAGCUAUCAAAUCCCCCCUCAUUCUUCUCUUCUGCAGGCUAAACAAUCCCAGCUCCCUCAGCCUCUCCUCAUAAGUCAUGUGUUCUAGACCCCUAAUCAUUUUUGUUGCCCUUCGCUGGACUCUCUCCAAUUUAUCCACAUCCUUCUUGUAGUGUGGGGCCCAAAACUGGACACAGUACUCCAGAUGAGGCCUCACCAAUGUCGAAUAGAGGGGAACGAUCAUGUCCCUCGAUCUGCUCGCUAUGCCCCUACUUAUACAUCCCAAAAUGCCAUUGGCCUUCUUGGCAACAAGGGCACCCUUGACUCAUAUCCAGCUUCUUGUCCACUGUCACCCCUAGGUCCUUUUCCGCAGAACUGCUGCCUAGCCAUUCGGUCCCUAGUCUGUAGCGGUGCAUUGGAUUCUUCCAUCCUAAGUGCAGGACCCUGCACUUAUCCUUAUUGAACCUCAUCAGAUUUCUUUUGGCCCAAUCCUCCAAUUUGUCUAGGUCCUUCUGUAUCCUAUCCCUCCCCUCCAGCGUAUCUACCACUCCUCCCAGUUUAGUAUCAUCCGCAAAUUUGCUGAGAGCGCAAUCCACACCAUCCUCCAGAUCAUUUAUGAAGAUAUUGAACAAAACCGGCCCCAGGACCGACCCUUGGGUCACUCCACUUGAUACCGGCUGCCAACUAGACAUGGAGCCAUUGAUCACUACCCGUUGAGCCCGACAAUCUAGCCAGCUUUCUACCCACCUUAUAGUGCAUUCAUCCAGCCCAUACUUCCUUAACUUGCUGACAAGAAUACUGUGGGAGACCGUGUCAAAAGCUUUGCUAAAGUCAAGAAACAAUACAUCCACUGCUUUCCCUUCAUCCACAGAACCAGUAAUCUCAUCAUAAAAGGCGAUUAGAUUAGUCAGGCAUGACCUUCCCUUGGUGAAUCCAUGCUGGCUGUUCCUGAUCACUUUCCUCUCAUGCAAGUGCUUCAGGAUUGAUUCUUUGAGGACCUGCUCCAUGAUUUUUCGAGGGACUGAGGUGAGGCUGACUGGCCUGUAGUUCCCAGGAUCCUCCUUCUUCCCUUUUUUAAAGAUUGGCACUACAUUAGCCUUUUUCCAGUCAUCCGGGACUUCCCCCGUUCGCCACGAGUUUUCAAAGAUAAUGGCCAAUGGCUCUGCAAUCACAGCCGCCAAUUCCUUCAGCACUCUCGGAUGCAACUCGUCCGGCCCCAUGGACUUGUGCAUGUCCAGCUUUUCUAAAUAGUCCCUAACCACCUCUAUCUCCACAGAGGGCUGGCCAUCUCUUCCCCAUUUUGUGGUGCCCAGUGCAGCAGUCUGGGAGCUGACCUUGUUAGUGAAAACAGAGGCAAAAAAAGCAUUGAGUACAUUAGCUUUUUCCACAUCCUCUGUCACUAGGUUGCCUCCCUCAUUCAGUAAGGGGCCCACACUUUCCUUGGCUUUCUUCUUGUUGCCAACAUACCUGAAAAAACCCUUCUUGUUACUCUUGACAUCUCUCGCUAGCUGCAGCUCCAGGUGCGAUUUGGCCCUCCUGAUUUCAUUCCUGAUUUCAUUUCAUUGUAUCCAGUGCUGGGCACCACAGUUUAGGAAUGAUGUUGAAAAAUUGGAGAGAGUUCAGAGGAG